AUGGAUUACUAUAGAAGAUCUUCCGUAUCGACCGUUCCGGAUGCAGAACCCAUAAAGGUCGGAUUCAUAGGCUUAUCCUAUAAUAAAGGUUGGGCAGUAAAGACGCAUUAUCCCGCGAUCUUACAGCUAUCGUCUCAAUUCGAAAUAACUGCAUUAUACAGUCCACAAAUUGAAAAUGCUAUCAGUACCAUACAGAAGUUGAAGUUAACAAGCGCUACUGCCUUCCCAACCAUCGAAUCAUUUGCAUCUUCCUCUAAUGUCGAUAUGAUCGUCAUUGCAAUCCAAUCUUCUAAUAAUUACUCCACUAUAAUGCCUCUAAUAGAGUAUUCACAUAAGAAUCCAAAUUUAAAGUAUCUUUUUCUUGAAUGGCCCAUGGCAGCAACGUUGGAUCAAGCGGAAGAAAUUUACAAAGUUGCAUCAUUGAGAGGACUGCAAACAAUCAUUUCAUUACAAGGUCGUAAAUCACCUUAUGUACGAAGAGCUAAAGAGCUAAUUAGCCAAGGGUAUCUAGGUGACAUAAAUUCAAUUGAAAUAAUGGGCAAUGCCGGCUGGUAUGGGUAUGAAAGAAUGGUUAAAUCUCCGAGUUACAUAUUCGAAAUGGGUAAUGGCUCUGACAUGAUAAGCACAACAUUCGGUCAUACUAUCGAUAUCCUACAAUAUAUGACAGGUUCUUACUUCCAUAGAAUCAAUAGCAUGAUUUUUAACAAUAUACCGUUACAAGAGUUGGUUGAUGAACAUGGAAAUAGUUUGAACGAAAAAGUAAAGAAGGCAGUCCCUGACCAUUUAUUAUUUCAAGGAACACUUAUAAAUGGUAAUGUGCCGGUUUCAUGUAGUAUAAAGGGCGGUAGGCCUGUUAAGAAGUUUACGAAAAACUUAGUGAUUGAUAUACAUGGAACUAAAGGUGAUAUCAAGUUGGAGGGAGAUGCAGGCUUUGCGGAAAUUUCUAAUCUAGUUCUUUACUAUAGUGGUACAAGUUCAAACGAUAUAUCACUUAAUAAUGAUUCAUCAGCGACUACAGGCUAUGACGCAGGUAAGGAGAUUACUGAAGUCUACCAUCUGAGAAAUUAUAAUGCAGUUUUAGGAAACAUUUUCCGGCUCUAUCAAUCAAUUGCAGAUUUCCACUAUAACACAAAGCAUCUUUCAAAUUCACCUUCAAAAUUCAUAAUGCAAGGAUUCGAGUUUGAAGGGUUCCCUACAUUUAUGGAUGGACUUAUUCUAGAAAGGCUAAUUCAUACAGUCUAUCAAAGUCAUUUUUCAAGUUCUGUUAUAAACGUCAGUCAAAUGUCACAAUAUUGA